AUGCGAAACAGCCCGAUAACAUCUACAGUGCCGUAUGACAAAGAUGGCGUGCAUCAUGGAUUUCUGCGAUUGCCUCACAGCCGCAACGAUUCAGCAUGGGGAUCGUUGAUGAUUCCGAUCAGUGUAAUUCGAAACGGCACUGGACCGACUGCGCUUUUGACGGGUGCAAAUCAUGGUGAUGAGUAUGAAGGCCCUGUUGCACUGCAGAAUCUGGCAUUGCACCUAACUGUGUCGGAUAUCUCUGGACGGGUGAUUAUUGUUCCCGCUUUCAACUAUCCGGCAUUUCGCGCUGGAUCAAGAAAUUCACCGAUUGACGAUGGAAAUAUGAACCGCGUUUUUCCAGGCAAUCCAAGUGGAACCGUCACUGAAAAGAUUGCUGACUAUUUCAUGCGUACUCUGGUGCCGAUGUCGAAUGUUGUUGUCGAUAUCCAUUCGGGCGGUAAAUCGCUUGAGUUUUUGCCUUUCGCUGCAGCCCAUGUUCUCGCGGAUAAAGAUCAGCAGGCAGCAUGCGUUGCUGCAAUGCGUGCAUUCAAUGCUCCGUAUUCGAUGCUGCUUCUUGAAAUUGAUAACACAGGAAUGUACGACACAGCUGUUGAAGACCAAGGAAAAGUAUUCGUGUCUUCAGAACUCGGCGGUGGCGGCACCACCACGGCAAAGACCGUUUCAAUCGCAAAGAAAGGAAUUCGAAACGUCCUGAUUCACGCUGGCAUUUUGAAGGCGGAACCAGAUGUUGGCACGUCAGUGAAUUUGGAUACACCGGAUGGGGAUUGCUUUGUCUUCAGCAAUCACGAUGGACUGAUUGAGCCGACGGUGGAUUUAGGUAGUUUCGUGGAUGAAGGUGAUGUUCUUUCGCGUGUCUGGCCGCUGGACCGUACCGGCAUCAAUCCCAUUGAAUACCGGGCUCGACGCCAAGGCAUGUUGGCCGGUCGCCACUUUCCGGGGCUCGUGAAAGCAGGCGAUUUCAUGGCGGUUAUCGCCAUAACUGAUGAAUGA